AGGAGGGAUGGUGAGGUGUGACUCCGGGGAGUCCGUUUGAUUCCAUAAUUUCAACACCAGCUAAAAAAAUAUCUUUAAAAGCGUCUUCCGAGUUUCGAGUUCCAUAUUUUUGUAAAGUCUUGACACGUGAGCCACAGUUCACACAAACCGUAUUGUCAAAGGAACACAUAGGCUACAAUAGGAAGUUGUUCCAACUGUUUUUUUUAAAGAAUACGGUGGCAGUGAGCGAAGAGCUGAGAUGGAGAAGUGUAUGGCGAGGCCAGAAGCCAAAAAGAGAAAACCAGCGCAGCCCAGACCCCCAUCUGCUCCCCCGAGGCCACCAAAGCUCUCCUCUGAGCUGAGCGGAAACCGGCCAGAGACACAGGGGAAGGAGAACACAGUUGAGACACCAGCAGCUCCUCUCAAGCCCAGUGAUGCGGUAAACAUGAACAGAAUCCAGAGGGAGAGAAUGGCUCAAACCCCAGUUAUCCCUCCCAAGCCAACAGAGAAGGAACUCCGCAGCACAGUUGCACACAGGCGAUAUCAGACAUCAAAACCCCAGGAUAAUCAGAAUGAGAACACAGCCACGCCACAACCGGUCAUCCCGCCAAGGCUCUCCAAGCAGAUUCCUAAAGAGAAGGACCCAGAGGUUUCUGAAGCAGCGAAAGAUGAAACAGACAUCAGACAGGGUAAUGUAGCCAUGCUCACAGAGAUGUUUCAGAAAGGUCCGAAAGAACAAGCACCUACUUUUAAAAGCUAUAUAUCAGACUCUGAUCCCCCCAAAUCAGAAGAGAAACCUGAACCUGAGAAGCCCAUCGCCACUGAAAAUAAGAAGGGUGGAUUCAAAGGAAUGCUGAACAAGACCAAUCUAUUCAAAUCUCAGGCCAGUGUGGACAAUGAUCUCUCUGCUGAGGAGCCUGAUCCAGAGAAAGAGCAGUCUGGUGAUGAGGUUGAGGAGAAGAGGCUGAGUGAGGGCAAACAUGGGAAAGGUUUCAUGGCUGGAAUGUUCUGGGGCCUCCAAAAAGAGAAGACAUCUGCUUCUGUCCUGAGGGUGAGCCCAGCAGCCAGUGAUGCUGAGAACACGGAAGAGGGAGGGCCUGAAGAAACAAAGGAGAAAGGUCUUUUCCAUGGGAUCUUCAAAAAGCCUCAAAAAUCAGAUGUUGCAGAGGAGGGUCUUUCCCAUCAUCUCUCUGCCAGUAAUGACAGUCUGUCUGACACCAGCAUCAAAGAGAAAGGUGGCAUUUUCAGUGGAAUAUUCAAGAAACCCAAACCAUCGCAAGAUGGGACACCUGAGCAGGACAACCUGUCUGUGCAUAGUAAUCUCUCAGGCAGUGAUGAUGAUAAUCUAUCUGAAAACAGCAACAAGGCUAAGGGGAAAGGAGGUAUGUUGACCGGAAUGUUUAAGAAGACGCCCAAGUCUAAACAGCCCCCCAAACCCUCGGAGGAUGAUGGGUCUAUAGAGGAUCUCUCUGCACAUAGUGAGCUCUCAGCCAGCAACGACAAUCUCUCAGAGGAGAAAGGAGGUCUGUUCAGUGGCAUUUUCAAAAAGGCCUCCAAAGCCACUGAUGAGGAUAAACGGUCAUUACAUGAUGAACUUUCACUAAAAGUUGAGCCCACUAAAAAGGGAGUGUUCAAGAAGAAGUCUCCCAAGUCAACAGAGAAUACUCCUGCUGAUGAGUUUCAGGACAGGCAGUCAUUGAAAGACGAGCUCUCGAGAAGCACUGAUGACCUCUGUGAGAACAGUGCUAAGGAGAGAGGUAAUGCGUUCAGUGGGUUGUUCAGGAAAUCCCAGAAGCACCCAGAGGAUGCUCCAUCUGAAGAGGAUAAGCGGUCUCUGUGUGGGGAGCUUUCAGCCAGUGAGGAAAGUCUUUCAGACAAGCCCAAAGAGAAAAGCGGAAUUUUUGGUGGCAUGUUUAAAAAAGCCCCUAAACCCUCUGAGGAAGACAAGGACACUCAGGAUAAGGAGUCGUUAUCCUCUGAAUUGUCAGCCAGUACUGAUGACCUCUCUGAGAACUCUAAACCUAAAGAGAAAGGUGGUGUGUUUGGUGGCAUGUUUAAAAAGUCGAAACCUUGUGAAGGCUCAGAUGAGGAUAAGGACUUGUUAUCUGCUGAAUUGUCAGCCAGUACUGAUGACCUCUGUGAGAACCCUAAACCUAAAGAGAAAAGUGGUGUGUUUGGUGGCAUGUUCAAAAAACCGAAACCUCGUGAAGGCUCAGAUGAAGAUAAGGACUCGGUAUCCACCGAAUUGUCAGCCAGUACUGAUGACCUGUCUGACAACAAUAAAACUAAGGAGAAACAGGGUGUGUUUGGUAUGUUCAAAAAGCCAAAAGAAAGGGAGAGCUCAGAUGAGGACUCAUUAUCCACUGAAUUAUCAGCCAGUACUGAUGAUUUGUCUGAAAACACUAAACCCAAAGAGAAAGGUGGUAUGUUUGGUGGCAUGUUCAAGAAACCUAAGGCUCGUGAGGGCUGUCCUCCAGAUGAGGAUAAUGCACUGUUGGACAAAAACCUCUCUGCCAGUAAUGAUAGUCUGUCUGACAACACUACAACCUCAAAGGAGAAGACCACAGGCUUGAGUGGCAUGUUCAGGAGGUCUCCCAAGCCUGCGCUCCGGUCUCAGGCAUCUACGGACCCGCUUAAUCAGUUUAGCGAACUGUCAGAAAGCAAUGACAGCCUUGCAGACUUCGACAGUUCACAGGACCUUCUGUCUGUUGACCCUCAGCUUUCUGGUAGUAAGGACAAUCUCCUUGAGAAUAAUAAUGCCAAGGAGAAGAAAGGAAUGCUGGGGAUUUUCCGGAGGUCACCAAGACCUGCAGAACAGGCUGGCACAGACGCGGAUGAAAGCCAAGGUCUGGUGAGAAAAGGAAGAAGUCUGAAAAAAAAACGGGUUGUGUCCUUCCGAGUGAAGAGGACUCUACCCAGAAUGCCCAAGUUCUCCCUUAGUCCCUCGGCUCAGAGCGCCAGUAAAGAGCCCCUUCUGGAGGAGCCUGUGGAACUGCAGGAGAUACUGGCAGUGCAGGAGACCACAGAAGAGCAGGUGGAGAUUCAGGAGGUGGAGAUGGCAGCCUUCCCCACAGAAGGGAACCCCCUGGAGGUUGAAGGGGAUGGGGAAGGUCUACUGGAUUGGUGGAGAACGGUGGAGGGUUGGGCCCAGUGGAAUGAAACAACAAAUUUUCAAGAGGAUGAAGAACAAGAGGCGGUGGAGGCUGUGGCUGACCGUGUGUUCAUGGCAGCCCGUCUCUUUGUGCUCCUCUUCAACCAGCGGGGGGCGAAGCUGCAGCAGUACAUCCUGGAGUUGCUGGCGCAGGCCGACGCCGUGGACCAGUUCCAUAAGAAGACGGUGUCGGCGGCCGUGGGAGGCGGCGUGGCCAGCGUUGCGGGCAGCGUGGCCACCAUCACGGGCCUUAUCCUGGCGCCAUUCACCUUCGGCGCCUCCAUCAUCGUCACUGCCGUGGGCAUCAGUGUGGCCACUGCUGGCAGCAUCACCUCGGCGACGGCCAACAUCACAGACACCGUGCACGCCAAGAUGGACCGCAAGAAGGUGGAGCAGAUGAUCCAGAACUACCAGGACGAGAUCAAGGACAUCAGGGAGUGCUUGGAGUUUGUGCAGGAAGGAAUGAACACACUGGAUGAAUGGGACUUCCAGAAGUACGCAGACAGCGUGGCCAAGAAGCACAUGACCCGCAACAUCAAACACGUGAUGAAAGAGGGCGGCCGUGCUGGAAAGGCUCUCAUGAUCAACACAGACAGGCUCAUCAGCACCGUGCAGGUGCUUAGUGUUGCCGGAGGAGCUGCCAAGGCCGCUCGGGCCAUCAGCGUCACCACAGGGGUCAUGUCGGCGCUCUUCCUUGCCGUCGACAUCUUCUUCCUUGCCAAGUACUCACACGAGCUGCGCAAGGGCGCCAAGACCAAGUUCGCUAGCAAGAUCCGCGAUGUAUGCAAGGAGCUGCAGAGUGGCCUGCUGGAGCUGAACAAAGUCAAGUGCCAGCUGCAGAAAACCAUGGACGGGAUCGAGGUGGAGGCAUAUGAGGAGGAGGACGAGGAAGAGGAGGAUGAUGACGACCUGGAGUCAGACCCAGUGAAACUGGCCCAACUGGAAGAGGAGCUGGACCAGCUGGAGGAGGAGCUGGACAAGAGGGUCCUGGAGGAGCCGAGCAUAAGCACAGAGGGAAAAAGCAAGAAGAGAAGAGGGAAGGAGACAAAGAGCGAGAAAGAGAAGAAUGAAAGUGAGAAGAAGGAAGGGAUGACUGAAAGUGAGCUCAUGGAGGAGGACAGAAGGAGUGUUAAGAGUGAAUAUGGGGACUUGGAGAAACAAGUGAAAGAAAAGAAGGAAGAAAUGCAUGGAGAAAAGAAAGUGGAGAAAACAGAGGCGGAGCUGAUUGAUAAGACUCCAAAGAGAGAUACAGAGAAGGGUGCCUCGACCAAGAGUGACACAGGAGAGAGGGAUGGAAAGAGUGAAAAGGGGGAGUCUGAGAAAGACAAGGACAGUGUGAUGGAAAAAGCAAAAGAGAGGCCAGAAAGAAAAAUGUAUCCGUUUGACAAACACAACAGAAGUGAACGAGAGGAGAGAGAGAGUGUAAGGUCUGUACAGAGCAGUGCAAGCGAGAUGAGCUUGACUAAGAGAGCAACCCAGGACAAGGCAGCAGUGAUGAAACAAGAAGACGAGACUAAGAAGGGCAAGGCCAGGUCUGAAAAGGGAACGAGGGAUAGCAAAAGGGAGACAGAGAGACAGACUACCAGGAGUAGGAGAGUGGAGGAAGAUGAGGAGAGAGGGAGCCGAAGGGGAAGUAGAACUGAUGUAGAACUCAAAGAAGGUGGGCAAGCGGUCACCAAGCCCAAACAGGAAGGAGCUGGACGGGAGGAGAGAGGAGGAGUACAGAGGGAGAGUGCAAAAAGACGAGACAGAGAGAGGGAGGUCAGGGGUGAAAGACUGAGCACGCAGGAAGGAGGUACGAGCAGGGAGAGCCUUGUGGGGAGAGGGGAGGAGAACUACGGGAGGAGGAGAGAGAGGGAAGGGGAGAGGAGAGGUAGCAGACAGGAAUAUGGGAGUGAGAGAGGAGGGGUAGAGGGGAGGAGCCACACCAGCUUAAGAGGAAGGAGUGCAAAGCAGCGGAAUGAGCAGAACAGAGGAAGCAGACUGGAGCAUGACAGGGAGAGUAGAGGAGGUGAGGAGAGGAGGGGAAGUAGGCAGGACAACUCUGCUGAGAAACACGGGGGAAGUGCAUCAUGGGACGGCAGCAAAAUUGAAGGAGAGGCCGGGGAGCAGACAAGAGAGGGACCUGGAGAAAAAAUCUCUCGUACACGCUCCAUUCGUCAAGAUGGCCUCAAUAUAUAACCUGUAUAACAGGGAAGCUACACCAGGAGCAUAACUGAAGCAUUCUGUUCAUGUAAAAAGCAUUUUAGAAGGCUGGUCUAUUUUUUUUGAACAUUGUUGCAGCAGACACGACACGAAUGGAACGCUUCAGUUAAAUGAACAUUUCCACUGAAAAAAUAUCCUAGGAGAGCCCAGAUGAAACUUUUAACGAAUUUGAAUUUGCUCUGCAGGUCAGUCUGACAAGGAGGCCAUUGAUGCCAGCCCCAUUUACAAUGUUUCAAAAACCCCAGCACCAAUCACAAUCGCUUAUCCGACUUAGGGAAGGCUUUAUAUGAUGACCGAUAGAGCAGUGCAUUCAACACAACCAAUGGCUGUGCUAAUGGCGACAGGGUUAAACCGAUAUGGACUAAAACAACUGCAUUUAAAACCUUUGUUGACAAGAAAGAUGUGAUUGUUGCACUUUUGAAACGAUUUAAGAGCUUAAUGCACCAAUUUAAGUUUAAUGUCACUGCUGGUUAAGCCCUUGGAAGUCAUAAGUCCAGGAAGUCUUUCCAGACCCACUCUCAUUCUAAAUUGAGAUGUGCUGUUUGGUGUCAACGAGGCUAUUAAAAAAAGCUUGCUUAAUCCAUGUGUGCUAAACUGACCCUUAAAGUGUAUAACAGUUGAGAUGGCCAGAAAUUUGCUGGCGGGUGGACAUAUAUGAAACUAGGUGGGCAAAUUAAAUUUCCUCUAAUUGACCUGUAUACAUAACCACUAUGUAGUAUUUUUGCAAUCACAUAAUUGCAUUGUUUCCACUUGUGUUUUGUGAUCGUGCCGGUUUUAAUUACAUAGGCCGAUGUUUACCAUAUGAAUUAUACAUGUAAUGUAUGUAACGAUACUUUACAGUGAGUUUAAACCUUUAUAUCUUCUGGCCCAUUAAUAAACAUGCUAGCAAUAAGCCUCCUUGCUAGCACACCCACCUCCUUUUCCCAAGAUUUUGAAUUAGAGUUUGGUGCAGGACUGUGUGUCUACACAACACAGCUUGCAGAUAGUUACAAAAGCUUUACUAUACUUGCACACAGAUUUGUUAUCUGACACAAGUAGCCAACGCGAACAAUAAAACAGUAUCGCCUACUAUUGCCAAAGCCACAGAACAAGUUAAAGUAGCUUGGUGUUUAAAAGACAGCUGGGGAAAAUGUUGAUUUUCUGAUUUUGCCAUUUUUCACAUCGAUCAAAAACAUUACCGUAAUUCAGAUUAAUUUAAUUAAUUCGAUAGAUCGCCCAGCACUACUUCUUGGUCACUGGCCUAACUUCUGCUAGGAUGGGUGACAUCUGUGGGCUAACCACUCUGUUACUAAAAAUCCAAAUGCAUGUUACCCUCUACUGUGAAAUAAUCUUGUCAUAAUACAAUUAUUUGGUUAGCUGUCUUUUGAACGAGUAACACAAAUUGUUCCAGCGGACUGAGAGUAUUAAUGUGUUCUCUUAAAAAUAUUGAAUGGAGAGCGUUGUUAUUCUACUGUAGCUAGUAAACUUUACCAACUAGCUUGCACAAAAUUACACAGACAGCAGUUUAUCAGCACUUUAGGAUCUUGCUAUGCAGACAGUGGCACAUGCAUUUGUUGGGUAGUUGUGGGAACAUAAACUAUUGAUAUAUUUGAGAUAUACAAAAAGAAUAUGAUAUAUGGUGACUGAUAUGGUGACUGUCCAAGUGGGUGGCAGACAGUUACCCACCCACUGAUGCCCACAAAUGGCUAUACAACUAGUGUAGAAAUGUUUAUCAUAGUUUUUUCAGUUUAUAAUAAUAUUCAGUAACGCUAUAAUUCUCUGGUGGUGUUAGGAAAGGUUUUUGUGCCUUAAAUGUGAAAUGUAUUUUAACCAACUAUCCUUCAGGUGUGAAAUACAUUUUAAUGUACUUGGUAUCUCGUAAGAUAAGAUCCAGAAUGCACUUUAUCAGCAUCUCCCCUGCAGCAUAACUCAGGACCUCUGUAUGUCUCCAUAUCUCUAUGGAGAGGAGAGGAGCUCAUCCCCUCAGCACUGUGCAGAGUGGUGGGUGGAUGCAUUCAAUCCAUUAUAGCCAUCAAAUAUUUGUCGAAAGAAGUGGUGAAGUCAGCACAGCACAGCACAGAGUGUCCGUUGUUAAAUUCUCCAUUUUUCUAAGAAAAUGACUACUGAUUAUUUUUAUUUUUAUUUUUGUUGUAUGUAAGUGUGAAAUUGUUUUUGCACUCAUAGUUGUUCGCUCAUGUUUAUUUUGUUUUUAAUUAAUUAUUUCUUUGUUAUGUGUUGUUGAUCUUUUCGAUGUAAAGUGCCAAACAUCUCUGGUGUUUCAUGCCACUGCCAUACAAACUGUUACAAUAUAUGGGUUCCUUUUGGUAUUUCUAAUAAAUUGCUAUUCUUUGCAUA